UUUUGGAAUUGACGACGAGUCAACCAAAUUCGGUUGGUCUAUAUUCAAGUAUUAUCGACUCCACAAUAUAUAUUUUUUAUUAAAAGUAUUAUUUUCAAGACCAACGACUUAUAUAUCAAGUCAAGCACGAAAUUACUCACCAAAAUCCCUUAAUGUCUGCAUCAAUUUAUUUUCUCCUUAAUAUAUACCUUUUCUGUAUCGAAAAGAUAAUGGAUCUACACGCCAAGGAAAACAAAAACAUUGUGUGCUUUACCUCAUUAGUGAUUAGUAACAUUCUGGUAUCAUAAACGUUUCCUUAUAUUAUCUGUGUGAAACUACAACCAUGCUGUAUUUAAUUGAAAACAACAAGGAUUAGAGUACUACUAUAAAUUAACAGUUCAGGAUAUGUAAUUAAUAAUACAAUUACAUGUACAUUUAACAUCAAAAUAAGUUUCGUUAUAAGUUAAUUUUUAAGACUAAGAUGACAAUAUAACAGUAAAUUUUGUGUAGCGGGUCGUUGCCAAUACUCCUGCUGGUUUUUUUUUAAGCAACUAUUUCAGAUUCAAACACAGUGUUAAAGAGGUAAACAAAGAUCUAUAUGUAACAAUAUAUAGCCAAAAAGAAAAGUCUAUACACAACUAAUUGAUGGUGUUGUGUUUCCAAGAAGGCAAGAACCAUUACCAUACAACAGAAGGUCAACGAGUAUUAUUGUCUUCUCUAUAUGCAUUAACCGGUCCCGUAACAAUACUUUGACGCUGGAAGCUUUCGGAGUAUUUUUUAUCUCUUUUCGUAUUAUAUACAUGUGAAGUUAUUUUUGCGAAAGAAAGUUUAGUUAAAAAGUGAUUUUUGGUGGUUAAAACAUGCUUCCUUUCCCUUGGCCCAAAAAAAUAUCUCAUUACAUAAAAAGAAGAAGACAAGAUGAAACAACGUAAAGCCAUUAUAAUUAAUUUUCAUCUUCUUAAAUUAUUUUCAGUUACCAUUGUCUAUCCAAAUUCUAUACGCUGUAUAUAUAAUAUAUGAUAACCAUAACUCGUUUUCAUGACGUAUUCAUUACUUGGUAUUAUUCAUAUGAUCAUAUCAAUGUACAGUAUAUGAUUAUAUAUAGAGCACAAUGCUGGAAGCUUCUUCCUAUCAUCUUGUUAAAGACAAACCGGAAUGAGAAUAUGAAACCGAUCGAGAGACAAAUUCAAGUUAUAAGCAAAUUUAACAAAAAAAUAUAUGUUAAGAAGUUAAUAUAAACGUAUAACUCCACAUCAGACCACCAUACUAUAAGAAACAUCCUUAAUUUAUAUGUCCCCCCCGUUAGUAGCUUAUAGUAAAGGGUAACUAAUUAUUUACCCCUUAUUUAUAACUAACAACAAUAUACAUAUAUAGAAAAUCGUCACUACUUUCAAAGUCAAUAUAUGAAUCCAAAUAAUACAAAUAUUCUUGAUUUAAAGAAAAUUGUGAUGGACAUUAAAACAAACGCACAUUGCAAAAUUCCACAAUGAAGCUCUAGUCAAUUAAGUCUGAACGUCCACCAAAGUAUUAAAAAAAAAGCAUGCAACAUGGAAACUACGUACAAAUUACCCCUUAUUUACGUCAAUCCUCUUUAAAGGCAACCUCUUCGCUCCUCAACUUCUAUUUUACUCUCCCUAAAGACUUCACCCUUUAUGUCACUUUUCAAAUCAAAAAUGUUCAAAACAACGACGACCCUUCUCUGUUUCUUUCUCACCUCCGUCAUCCUUAUGGUCCCAACUUCCUCCGCCGCCACAGACAACCCAACUUACUCCGCCUCCACAGACACGUUCAUUUAUGCAAAUUGUUCGCCGGCCAAAUUCUCUCCUGGCUCCGCAUACGAGACCAACCUCAAGUCCCUUCUGUCUUCCCUCGUCACCUCCACCGUCCUCAACCGCUACAACAACCUCACUGUUCCCUUCGGUAGUGGAGUAAAACCUGGACCGGACGUUACUGUAUAUGGUCUCUUCCAGUGCAGCGUUGACCUAGACCCAACUUCUUGCUCAUCGUGCGUAUCACGCGCCAUCGCGCUGGUCGGAAACACGUGUCCCAACUCGUACUCCGUGUUCUUGCAGAUGCAAAAUUGUCUGGUCCGGUACGACAAGAGCUCCUUCUUUGGCGUUCAGGACAAAACCGUGAUGCUUAAGAAGUGUGGACAGCCGAUGGGAUUUUACGACCAGGAUGCGUUGACUAGAGUCAGUGACGUCAUCGGUUCUUUAGGUUCUGGGAGUGAACCGGAUAGGACAAGAAUGAACGGGGAUGUUCUGGGUAUGGCUCAGUGCACAGAGGAUCUAAGUCCAGCACAGUGUCAGGAUUGCUUGACCGAUGCAAUCGGACAGCUCAGAUCUGAUUGCUUAAUGGCCCAGGGAGGGUACGUCUACUUGUCCAAGUGCUACGCGCGUUUCAGCUUCGGUGGUAGUCAUGCACGUCAGACCCCAAACUCUAACUUUGGAGGAGAGAAAUAUGAUAAGGAUGAUGACGACAAUAAUAUCGGGAAAACAUUGGUGAUAAUAAUAGGAAUCAUCACGUUAGUCAUCUUACUCGUUUUGUUACUCGCUUUUCUUGGAAAGAAACUCAGAAAAUUACAAGAUGAUAAAUGUUGUAGAUGAAAGGAAAUGUGAGAAAUAGUCAAUCAACAACUCGAGUCAAGCCACUAGCUACUGCUAGUUGUGUUUUUUAAAUUUAAAGUUUUGUGACCUUGCAUGCUUCAUUAGAUGUAGAUGUAUUAUUGUCUUAAAUGAAAAAUAAUGGACAAAGCUUCCUCUUUUUUCUCUUUGUUAAUCGAAACUUCCUUAUCUUAUGUUUAAACAUUAUGUAGUAUCUGAUUUGGUAUUUAUAAAUAUCGUUUAAAUCUUCUUUUA